CACGCCUGAAAAAUAAAUAUUGAGUUUUCAAAAUCAACCUAUAAAAUCCAUUUUGUAGCGUGCGAUGGCAGUCCUCGAAAUAAUUUUUGGAGACUCGUCAGACAAAACGUCUGAUAGAUUUCCGUAUUGGUCGGACACUUUUAGAUCUCAGAAAUUAUUGAAUAGUCCUGGUCCUUUUAAUCCACGAGCAAGCCUAUUCAUAGCCAACCUGACUAUCCUAGCUAAUUCACCGACUCCUGACUUAGUUAAAAGAACUACGUAGACAUAAAUCUCUUUUGCCUGGCCCCUUCGUCGUUGGUAACCAGGUCUUACCAAGAAAUCCAGCUAUGCGGUUCUUAACUAAUGCGGAGGUGAACGCCGACGGAGCACGGAUGAAGCAAGUCUGCAAAACCAGGCGGAAUAGACAUUUUAUCAUGGAUUUAAUGGUAGAUAAUUUCUUUAUUUGACAAAACAAUUGGAAACCAUAGCAGGUCCGAAUUUAAUGGAUUUUUUCUUUAUGCCUGUAAAAACGAAACCCACAUGCAGUAUAAUUUUUUUUCUGUAAAAAUUUUGUCAAGGUGUAGCUGAACUUUCUGAAUGAAUUUUGAAGUUUUAUUUAGGCCGCGUGGAUAAUGAUUUUUUUAAUUUGAAAACAAAGCAUAUUUUUGCCUAUUUGCUUGUGAUGACUUUAAAAAAAACAGUAAAUAUAGAAAUGACAGUAUAGUCAUGCAUACUAUUUCAGACAUGUAGAAAAGGAAGUUAAGAUUGAGAGAGUCGCUAUACCAGUGUCUACUUGAUCAUCGUGUUUGGGGUUCACGAUUUAAAGCGUCCCUCACUUUUCUACCGCCAAAUGAAUGCGCAACAAAAAUAACCUCGGAGCCUGUAACGAAUGCGUAACAUUCUUUGUACAUGCGUUUUACAUCGCACGCGUUACUUGAUGUACACGUGCGAAUCUACGCACAUCUACUCAAAUAUUCCUGAAAAAGACUGGUGUGUAUAGCUGGUGUGUCCACUCCUAAUGUGUUCUUUUAUAGUACUUUAUGUUGUUUAGUAAAAUGCAGAUGAAAAAACAGUAAUAGAAUAAUGAACAUUUUGGCAACACUUCUUUGUUUCUAUCUCUUUAUCAAUAUUGUGUCAUCAUCACAGUGUCCUCCAAACAAAGAUGAACCUAAUAAGGCAUCAAAGCAUGUUCAAAAUGUCUCAGCUACUUGCAGCCAACCAUACAGCAAACUGGUAAAAAUAAGUUAUAUCUCAACGUAUUAUACUAGGUGUUGGAGUUGGAAAUGGUUUACAUGCAAAAAGACAAGGACCAGCUACAGAACUGUUAAAAAAACUUUUUAUAAAGAGAUACCGUACAUCUACAGAGAAUGUGUGAAGAACUACAUUCUGAAUGACACCAAAAUGUGUAUUCCAUAUUGUCGUACUUGUAAACAUGGAAAAUGUGUUGCACCUUAUGCAUGUCAGUGUUAUGAUGGAUAUAUUGGAAAUGGCUGUGAAGCAGUGUGUCCUGUGAACAAGUAUGGUACAAACUGCACUCUUUCAUGUAAAUGCACAAACAAUGCAAUUUGCAGCAACAUUGACGGUUCUUGUAAUUGUACGGCUGGUUGGAAGGGUGAAUUCUGUAAAACUCCAUGUGAUAGAAAAUCCUUUGGUUAUUAUUGUAAACAAAACUGCACAUGUAAAAACGAUGCAACUUGUAAUCCUGUGACAGGUCAAUGUACAUGCAAGAGAGGCUACAUAGGAAAAGAUUGUGAAAAGACAUGUCCACCAGGAAAAUAUGAUAAUAACUGUCAGCGAAAUUGCGCAUGUCAUAAUGGUGCUACGUGUCGCUUUUAUGAUGGUGUUUGUAAUUGUACUGCUGGUUGGGAGGGUGCAUCGUGCAGUCUACCAUGUAAAAAUGGAUUUUAUGGAAGUGGGUGCUCGAGAGAAUGUGGAUGUUCUAAUUCUGAUUCAUGUAACCCGUUUAAUGGAUCCUGUAAUUGUGUGCCUGGUUUUUUUGGUGAAAAAUGCCAAUCUCCUUGUAAUAAUACAUAUGGUAAACAUUGUUCUUACCCAUGCGAGUGUAACACAAGCAAUACUGAUAGUUGCGAUAAUGUUGAUGGUACAUGUAACUGUAAACCAAACUGGAAUGGUGCAACAUGUUCAAAUCCUUGCAGCACAACUGUGGGCAAUGCUGAGGGUAACCAAACAACUUUGGAACCCUGUCAGAAAGUCUGUAAUUGUACAGUAGGACAAGGCAAGUGCCAAAAGACAACAGGAUUAUGUCUCUGUCAUCCAGGAUAUACUGGCACUCAUUGCGAAAUGAAAUGUAAGUCUGGAACAUUUGGAGUAAAUUGUAAAAAGAAAUGCAAUUGUGCUCAUGCAAAGUCUUGUAACAUCACAACUGGUUAUUGUAAUUGUAAAGCAGGAUGGACAGGACAAAAAUGUAAUACAACAUGUGAUUAUGGUUUAUUUGGUGAAAAUUGUCAACAGUCGUGUAGUUGUAGUAUUCAUGGAAUAUGUGAUCGUCUCAAUGGUACAUGUGCAUGUAACGAUGAGUACCAAAAUAAAAAUUGUUCUUUUAAAUGCUCAGAUAAUGAUGUCACAAAAUGGAAAUUUGGUUUAGGAUGUACCAAAGCAUGUUUGUGCAAUCAAACUAACACUGAAAGUUGUCACGGUAUGUCAGGCAAAUGUACCUGUAAAACUGGCUGGGCCCCACCCUACUGCCACAAAAAACAAUCAUGUAACGGGACUCACUAUGGUAAAGAUUGUUCAGAACGUUGUAACUGCGACCUAAAUCAUGGUGUUUGUGAUUCUGUAACAGGUGCAUGCACUUGUAAGAGUGGCUACUAUGGAACUGAUUGUCGAUUACAAUGUGCUACUGGUUAUUAUGGCCAAGACUGCGCAUCAACAUGCACGUGUCAAAAUAACGCUGUUUGUAAUCAUGUGAAUGGCAAAUGUAACUGUUCAGAAGGAUUUAUGGGAGCUGCCUGCGACAUACCAUGUAAAGAAGGUUAUUAUGGACGAAGAUGCGAAUCGCAGUGCCAUUGUCAAAAUGAAGCCACGUGUGACAGGUUUACUGGUAAAUGUCAUUGUCGCAAGCAUGGGUGGACUGGAGACAAAUGCAAUACUGCUUGUCCGAAUUGGAGUUAUGGUUUAAAUUGUCUUCUUCGUUGCUCGUGUCCAAAAAACAACACUGACUCUUGUAAUCGAACGAAUGGUAACUGUGUGUGCAAGUCUGGAUUCAAUGGGACAGACUGCUCAGAAAUUUGCAUUGGUGGUUAUUGGGGUUCAGGAUGUGUUUACAAAUGUGGUUGUCAUGAGCAAAAUAGCAACAUAUCGAAAGACUGUGAUGUUCAGUCUGGUCAGUGCGCUUGUCUCAAAGGUUUUCGUGGACGCACAUGUGAUAAACCUUGCAAUGGUACUCACUUCGGUGAUGGUUGUUUAAACAAAUGUCCAUGCAAUGGAACACAUGCGACUGGUCUUUGUCAUCAUGUCACUGGUCAAUGCAGGUGUCAAGCUGGCUAUACUGGAUUCCUUUGUAAUGAAACAUGUCCAGUGAACAAGUACGGUGUCGGUUGUGAGUUUGUUUGUUCAUGUGAUGAUUGUGAUCCGGUGGAUGGUUGUGCAGCUAAACGGUCCAGCAAUCAGAUUGUGAGUGUUUACGUCCCUGCAGGUGUGGUAUGUUUGGUUGUGUUAGUUCUUCUCAUCGCAGCUUUCAUUCUAUGGAAACGACGUAGUACAAAGAAAGAUAAACUGAAUGAUAAGAAGUUUAAUCAAAGCGUUACUAAGAAGGAGUUGAUGAAGAAUGAAUUUCAAUUAAAGGGAGCUACAAACACAACAUAUGAUGGUAAUGAUGGAACCUACCAAGAUGUCAAUCACCACAAACCUAAUCCUAUUUACGAAUCAAAUGUUGACAAUCUACAAAAUCCAAUCUAUUCCUCCACACAGGAUCCACAAAGCCAGUAUGAUACGUUGUUUAAGAAGAAACAGUUGGAGAAAAACUCUUCCGGAUAUGCCCACCUUGGAACUACAGCGUCCAAAGCAGAGAAUAAUUAUGACAGCUUGCAUGACAGCUCACAUGACAGACCCACAUCAACGCAGUCCAAUGAUCUGUACAAUCAGCUAAACUUUCAGCAGCAUGGUCAUGAUAAUGUCCAUGCUAAUCUAAUUUACGGGUCAGUUGAUACAGGUGCAAACCAUUCUUCGUAUGAUUCGUUGUCUAGAAACCAACAGCCGAACGCAGCUACCGUUGACCCAUGUUAUGAUCACAUUGGUAAUCAGACAUUAGCCAAUCAAAAUAGUUCAUAUGAUAGCCUCAACCAAUCAAACUUAAAGAAAAUCUCUCUACCAAAAGAAUCAGAAUACGCAGUAGCAAACGUCGGAAUGUACAACAGCUUAUCAAAUAACGUCAAAGCUACAUCGCCGUCGGAUAUUUUUGCUGCGGACGAGGAAUAUAAUACUUUGCAUAACACACAGGGUAACCAAAAGCGACAACAAACCUAUGAUCACCUUGCGCAAACAUCAGAAUAUGAAAUCCCCAACGCACAGAAAAGCGCGGGAGAUGUUUCUGCACGAUCGUCGAACAAGAUUGGAAAGAAAGAAAAGAAAAAAGAUGAAAGGGGGAAGGGUAAAAAUAAAACGAAAGAAAAGAAGGAGAAACAAGGUGGUCGUUUAAGAUAUUCUAGUCUGGAUGAAGAGAAGAAUGAUGAUAAUGAUAAUAUGUAUGCAGUUGUAGAGAAGAAGAAAUGAAAAUAUUCAAUUGGCUGGCCAAUCUAACGUUAUUAAUUGUAUUGUUAAAAAAUAUUUUGUUCACAAAACGUCGUUGUUUCGAUGAUUUAGUCUUCUUAUCUACAAGUUAUCUGCCUUUUUCCUGAAAUUCUAGUUAAAUAUAUAUAGUUUAUAAUUCUAGUCUUUUCAACUAUAUAUAUUCUAUAUUAUAUAUUUUAUAUAGAUGUAUUAUAUAAACUAUAUAUAUAUAUAUAUAUAUAGGGACUACGAAACGGCUGUUGGUUUUCGACUUUAGUGACUUACACGAAAGUCGAGCUAAUGGCGGUGAAAAAAUUUCUGAUCACUGAAAAACAUCUUAAUCUUAAAUAAGUUGGAAAGUCACAAAAGUCAGCAGGAAUAAAAAAAAUCGUUUUUUUUGUCAAAUGUUAAACUUCUCCAACAAACAUUAACUUUAUUUUUCACAACCAUGAUUAUAAUAAUAUAUAUUUAAUAAUAUAUUUUCUGACAAAUCCAGGUAAUGUGGGUGAAUAUUUAGUAAAGUGGGAGUCACGUGGGUGGGUUGAUAGGGUUGAACAAGUGGUUACAUGUAAUAAAGUUAAAUUCCUGUUAUUAUUUAUUUUCUAUAAAAUUUAAGAAUUCACAAACGAUUUAAUAAUAUAAAGUAAAAAACGAAUAGAAUAAAAAAAAGA